AAACCCCUCUGUAACCAGACGCGAGGGUUUUUGUUUUCUUCCUUCCCAAAUCUACUGGGUGCCUGGUGAAGUAAAAAAUUCUCUGAAGUCACACAAGAUUUUGCCUCCGAAGAAUUGGUUAGUUUCUGCUCUCACUCAUCCUAGAAUUUUCAAUCUUGAAAACCCAUGUUUUAUUAUUUCUGCAAAACCAUUCUAAAUGGUAAACUCGCUGUCAGAGCUCUACCACCAAUUCAUAGACUGGGUUUUGAACAAAACCCAUCUCUAUCUUUGAAAUACAUUUCAAGCACUACAACAAAUGAACAACCAUUUGCUGUCUCAUACCUCAUAAAAACACUUGGGUUCUCACCAGAAGCUGCUCUAUCAGCUUCCAAAUAUGUUCAUUUCGAAACCCCAGAAAAAGCUGAUAUUGUGGUUAGCUUUUUCAAGAACCAUGGGUUCUCUCAAACCCAGAUCACAAACCUCGUUAGAAGACUCCCAUCAGUGCUUAUAUCUGAUCCUGACAAAACCCUUUUGCCCAAAAUUGAUUUCUUUUCCUCUAAAGGCAUUUCAAGCCCUGACCUUGCAAAACUGUUUUCUGGGUACCCUAUUAUUUUAAAAACAAGCUUAGAGAAACAAAUUAUCCCUUCCUUUGAUUUCUUUAAAAAUUUGCUUCAGUCUGAGGCUAAGACCAUUGAAGCAAUAAAACGAUUUACGGGUGUGCUAAAAUGUAAUGUUGAAGCUCGUGUGGCACCAAAUAUUAAUACAUUGAGAGAGAAUGGAGUGCCUGAGUCGAAUAUUGUCACUCUACUUCAAUACCAGCCUAGAGCAUUUGUGGUCAAUCCGGUUCGGUUUAGAGAGAUUGUGGAGGAAGUAAAGGAAAUGGGAUUCAAUCCUUCCAGGUUGAAGUUUGCUCUGGCAGUAUUGGCAUUGCGGGCUAUGAGCAAAUCAACAUGGGAAAGAAAGGUUGAUGUUUAUAAGAAAUGGGGUUUGUCUGAGAAUGAUAUUUUUUUGGCAUUUGGAAGGCAUCCGUGGUGUAUGAUGGUGUCUGAGGAGAAGAUUAUGCGGGUAAUGGAUUUGCUUGUCAACAAGAUGGGUAUGGAUUCUUCCCUCUUUAUCAAACGCCCAGGACUUCUUUCUUUGAGCUUGGAAAAGCGGUUGAUCCCUAGGGGUUUUGUUUUUCAAGGUUUGUUUUCAAAAGGUUUGGUGAAGAAGGAUUUCAAUAUAUAUCCGUUGUUUGAGUGUCCUGAAAGGACAUUUGUGCAGAAGUAUAUUAUGCCUCAUAAGGAGGAAGCUUCUGAGUUGUUGAAGCUAUACAAGGAAAAAAUGGAUUCUUCAAAAUGAGAUGAGAAUAACCUUGUUGGAUUACUUACUUUAGUUGAGCUCCAAGAUUGCAAUUAAUCCAUUUUCUUUUUACUUGUAAUAUGAAUUCUCUUUAAUUUGUCUGACCAUUGAAGCUUGAGUUCCAGAUCGAGAUGCAUAAUCAUCUGCUAUGCUACUGUGAUCUGUUAUUGCUUUAUUCAUGGGAAUAACUCUGCAACUAAUUCUUUUGCUGAACUUUUGUAACUAAAAAUAUGAAUUAUCUGUGGAGCUUUUGUCAGUGAA